UUUAGUUUCGUUUAUUAUAAACUAGCGAGUGCCCCUCAGUUUACAACAAGGAAAGGAGGAGGACAAUGUAUGUCUACGAUCCUGUGAGGUUCGGACUCAGCCCCCGGGAGAGAGAGGGGAUCAUAGAGUUGCUGGGAUUAAUGAAUCCUAUUGACCUGAAUAAACUAGCAAGAACUAUCUCCGGGUCUAAGAGAGUGCGCAAGGGGACAGCUAUUGGUUUAAUAUUAAAGCGGACUAGAAAUGCAGAGCAGCUUUUGAAGAGGAAAAAAGUUUCCCAUGAAGUUAUUUUUCAAUAUCUUUGGCAGAAAAAUGUUUGUGUGCCAGAAACUUAUAAAAAGCCUGAUUUGAUCAACAAUGUACUAAUGCUGUGGGGGAUUCAAAUUGAACAAUGAAGCUCCUCAGAAGACCGCACCACGAGGGAAGAAUAGCAAGUGCCUACAUGUGGAAAAUAAACAAGCGCAAUCAUAUAUGAAAUAAAAGUGAAAUAUGAUAUGUAAA